GCUAUAGAGUUUCAAUCAAAAAUAGCAAUACUGUAUUAUAAUGUCCUAUUUGUAUCAGAGAUCCAAUCUGCCCCAAUGUAUAUAUGAAAUCCUAUAGCCCAUCCAAACAAGAAGAAUCAACCUUCAUUACAUCACCAGCAGUUAUAGCUAGCUAUUCGAGCCUCACAUAUAUCCCUAUUUCCAACCUCAACACUCUUUUCAGAAGGUUCAAAAAUGCACUUCAGUCUCCUCACUACCGCUACCUUUCUCUCGUUCUCGGCCGUUGCAGUCGCAACUCCACAAAUUGUAGGUCCGGGAACCGAACACCUACCGAUACGGAACCGUUAUGUCUGGUUUGCGUCGAAUUACAAAGCUUCAUGUCUUAAAAACGAUGCGCCCUUGGAAAAUUGCACCUACAGUAUGUUUCUCCCUCAAACCAACGUCCCUUCAUAAACUGCUGAGAUUCUUCAAUGUCCGCUCUAGUACUACUUUUAUGUAGUCCUAAUUGAUGAUGAACUCCAAACACCUCAAGUAGAUACUUUUCUUCCCUCAUAACGAAUCAUUCUGAAGAUAUCAUACUAACUACAAUAUCCUCAUCCGCAACAAAACUAACACCAAUCCCCCCCAGGCUACAGCAUCCAAGGCAUCCAAGCCACCGGCGGCGCAACCAUCAUACCCGCCUUCAACGCAACCUGCAAAGCCACGAACGUAUCCCCCAACGACCCACAACUGCCCUGUGAACUCAUCGAUGACAGACCCGCAGGACGAAGUCUCAAUUCGAGCUUGAUCCCCGCGGUCCGCGCGAACGCCACGGGGAGUAUCCAGAUGCAAGUCAGCUACCAAUUCGUGGACCAGGGCGAUAAGCCGACCUCGUACAAGUACAUUGGUGAUAUCAGGGCUCCGUUUGCGUCUGAUUCUUUUGAUAUUUUGACGGGUGAGGUUGUUAAAUUAGGGAAUGUUAAUUAA